AUGGGGAACGCCAGCAGCGCAGUAUUAGAGAACAUAGUUCAAGGAUCCAACUUUGAUCGCGAUGAGGUCGAGAGAAUACGAAAGCGCUUCAUGAAGCUAGACAAGGACAAUUCCGGUACCAUCGAGCGCGAAGAAUUCCUCAGCCUCCCCCAGAUAUCCUCCAACCCCCUCGCAACCCGCAUGAUUGCCAUUUUUGACGAGGACGGAGGCGGAGACGUGGAUUUCCAGGAAUUCGUAUCGGGGCUUUCAGCAUUCUCAGCUCGGGGCAACAAGGAACAAAAGCUGCGUUUCGCAUUCAAGGUCUACGACAUCGAUCGCGAUGGGUAUAUCAGCAACGGGGAACUGUUUAUUGUGCUGAAGAUGAUGGUGGGGAGCAAUCUGAAGGAUCAGCAACUGCAGCAGAUUGUCGAUAAGACGAUUAUGGAGGCGGAUCUGGAUCGCGAUGGGAAGAUUAGCUUUGAGGAGUUUACGAAGAUGGUGGAGAAUACGGAUGUUAGUAUGAGUAUGACGCUGGAUCAAUUCUGA